AUGAGAAAGACAUCUGUUUCUUCUAAUAGCUUUGGUGGGUUUCUAAGUCCCGGAGCUCCGAGUUACUCCGAUAACAAAGGAUGGAGCUCCGAGAGAGUUCCUCACCCUUCUUCGACUACUUCCACCACCGCAAUUAGUGGCGGUCGUCGUCACAUCGGCUCCGCCUCUGCUUUAACGACGCCGUUUUACAGCGGCAGAGCGAUACCUUCGAAAUGGGAAGAUGCUGAGAGGUGGAUUUGUAGCCCAGUGGCGACAUACCCGCCAGGUGUUUGUAAAAAUCCCUCAGUGAGCUCUCAGUUCUCCGAGCAGAGACGGCAGAAAUCCAAAAGCGGCCCGAUUGUUCCUCCUACGCUGCCGCAUCCUCCGGCGUCUUCCUCAUCGGCGAUUGGAUGUUAUCACUAUUCUCCGAGGAUGACGAUGCGGACGAUGGAUGCUCCUCAAGGGAACAUGAAGGGUUUGAUGGCGGUUGGUUCGCCGUUCUCGACGGGAGUUUUGGAGGCAGGUAGGGUUUUCAGAGGGAGUGUCGGCGGUGGUUGUGAUAGCUAUGGCCGUGGUGGCCAUGGACAUAGCCGGAGCUGGGUUGAUUUGAUGAGUGAAGAAACUUCAUCACUUAGCUCCAAAACUGAUACAGAGGAGAAAGCAGAGGACACAAAGGAAGCAGAGAUGACGACGGCGGUGCAAUCUCCGGUGGUUUCAAGAAGAGACAUAGCUACUCAGAUGAGCCCAGAAGAGAUGAGUCCUAAUAAUGAUAACCACCAAUUGCAAAGAGAGGAAGCGAAGAUAGCAGCUUGGGAAAAUCUGCAGAAGGCGAAAGCAGAGGCCGCCAUUAGAAAGCUCGAGGUGAAGCUAGAGAAGAAGAAAUCAGCAUCAAUGGAUAAGAUCUUGAACAAGCUUCAAACGGCAAAGUUGAAAGCACAAGAGAUGAGGAGAAGCUCAGUAUCAAGUGACCAUCAACAAGAACAACAAGGAGGGAAUCAUCAGAUCUCCAGAAACUCAGUGAAGAUCACUCAUCUUGUCCGAAGACAUACUUUCAUGACCCCUUUCAUGACUUGCUUUGCACCUCGUGUUGAUUGCAGAAAAUCUUCAUCUGCUCUUUAA